UGUAUUCACUGUUGUCAUGGUAAUUCAAAUAUAACAUAAAGUGUAAUAUCAGUACAUAUUUUAUCAAAUAAUAUCUGAAAAUGUCUAAAGUAAAGACUGGGCAAUUCAAAGUGAGAAUUUUGUUUAUUGGACCUUGCAAUGUUGGCAAGUCUAAAAUUGCAAAUUUUCUUGCGGAUAUGAGUCUUGAGCUGCCUGAAGAUGUUCGUGCAACUGAUUCUUUAAGAAUACUAGAAUAUGAUUUGAGUGAUAUUGAUGUUAAUAAUCAAAAGGCUAAUAUUGAUGUUCAAUUAUGGGAUACUAGUGGAAAAGAAAGUACAUCAGCAUACUGGCCAAUUCUUCGUAAAUAUGCGGACGGAAUUGUAUUUGUUUCUUCAGGUGCUGAUGAAAAUGGAGUCAAAGGAAUGGACUACAUGUACAAUUACUUCAUAACUCAGCAAAACUUCAGUUUGCGUGCUUGUUUGGUUUGUUCUUUAACAAAUCCAGAAAGUAACACUACGAAAUUGCCAUCAAUGUUCACGAAAAUAUCUCAGAUAAAUGUGAAUCUUGAAGCCAAUUCACAAAAGUUCAGACAGGAAUUUACCAAAUUUGUUAUUUCUGUUAUUAAUACCAUGGAGUACUAGAUUUAUAGAGUAUGUAAUAAUGUAUUGCCUAUAUUAAAAGUUUAUAUUUAUUAGAGAAUGCGUAAUCCAUGGUAUUAAUAUUUUAUUUCUUAAAAUGUCUGCAUUUGUGCCAUGGAAUCAUAUCUUAUAAUUCUGCAAAUGCACAAAAUUACACUAUAUGUUGUUAGAGAAUGUUUCUCACGUUGCAUAAUUAAUAAGUACAUUAGGUGUGUUUGCUGAUCAACUAAAGUCACAAUUAUAUCUCUUAUCUAAUUAAAACCUAAUGCUUUCUUGAAUUUGAUUAAAAUAA